UUUUAAACCCUCUGCUCACCACCUUCAUUCGCCUGCUCUGUCAAUCUUCGUGGCCAAAGUAGGGUUUUCUCUUUCCUCACCGAUCAAGUCGACCUAAGCUUCUCCUUAAGGUGUGUGUCCCUCGUAGUCACUGAAGCGUUUCAUUUGAACUCUCAUAAGAUCCUUGAAGAUGUAUACUUCAAGGAGGAAGAUUCAAAAAGACAAGGAUCUUGAACCCACUGAAUUUGAGGAGACUGUUGCACAGGCUUUGUUUGAUUUGGAAAAUACAAACCAGGAUCUCAAAAGUGAGUUGAAGGACCUUUACAUUAACUCAGCAGCUCAAUUUGAUGUCUCUGGAAAUCAGAAGGCUGUUGUCAUUCAUGUUCCUUAUAGACUGAGGAAAGCUUUUCGAAAGGUUCACCUUAGGCUUGUCAGGGAACUUGAGAAAAAAUUCAGUGGGAAGGAUGUUGUUCUUAUUGCCACACGAAGGAUAGUGCGACCACCAAAGAAAGGUUCUGCUGCUCAAAGGCCUCGCUCCCGAACACUGACAGCUGUCCAUGAGGCCAUGCUUGAGGACGUUGUUUAUCCUGCUGAGAUAGUUGGAAAACGCAUCAGAUACAGGAUUGAUGGAUCAAAAAUAAUCAAGAUUUUCUUGGAUCCGAAGGCACGCAAUGACACCGAGUACAAACUACAGACGCUCGCUGGAGUUUACAGGAAGCUUUCUGGGAAGGAUGUAGUCUUUGAAUACCCGUUAACAGAGGCUUAAAAUAUGCUGUUGUUGAGCUUUUCUGUUUGGGGUGUUUUUUUUGGGGGGGUUUUUAUUUUUAUUUCUUAUUCUUGGGUUAAAGAUUUUCUAUGAAUUGCAGUUGUUAUGGUAUUUGAAAUUUUGACUCGAGUAAGAAACGUUUAUGAAAUUUCUAUCAUUUUCGGAA